CUAUACAAAUUAAUCAUCAAUUCUCUCUUUUUGUGUUUCUUCUGAUAAAUUUCAUCAAUUCAAAUCUGCUAUUAUUAUGUCUUGUUUGAUGGGCUCACAAGGCGUUGUGUUGGCAACAGCUGUGGUUGUUUCUGCGGGCAUUAUUGUUGUGUUUGAUCUUCUUCGCCAAAAGUAUUUAUCAAUUGCAGAGCUUGAACUAACCAACAAUAAUCAAAAAUCUCCACGCCAAAACCCUCUUCUCAAGUCUUGCUUAUCUUCAGGUGAAAAGAACAUGAAUUCGAGGAGGAAGAAGAAAAGGGUUCAUUUUGCAGCAGAUGUGAAAGAUUCUAAUAAUAAUGGCGAGGAGUACAGAAGAGGGGGUAGAAAUAAAAGAAAUUUUAGAACCCUCCCAAUUUGCUGUAACUCAGCGCUUCCCAACAAGGCAACAAUAGAUAUUCCAACCUACUCUAUCCAUCAACUUCUCUCUGACGGCUCACUGCAACAACAAGUAUCAAUUGCAAGCCAACCGGCUAUGUCCUAUUCGAUGGGCUCACAAGCCGUUUUUUUGGCAACAGCUGUAGCCGUUUCAGCCGGCAUUAUCGUUCUCUUUGAUCUUCUUCGGGAAAAUUAUUUUCCAAAUGCAGAGCUUGAAGUUACCAAGAAUGAUCGAAAUUCUCCACACAAAAAUACUUUUCUCAAAUCUUGCUUAUCUUCAGGGGAAAAGAAGAUGAAUUCGAAGAAGAAAAGGGUUCAUUUUGCUGCAGAUGUGAGAGAUUCAGGCAAAAAUGGCGAGGAGUACAGAAGAAGACUAUAUAGAAAAUCUUGUGGGAAGAAGAUUUUGGAUAUGCCAGCAAAUCCUACAGCUUUGUACAGUAGUGGAAUUCUCAAAGAGAGUGUGCAUCGCAUGGAAUUCUCUUAUUGAUAAAGUAUAAAAGAAAAGAAAAACAAAGAGCAAUUAAGAGAAGAAAUUUUAGGUUCUAACCAAUUUGGUAGUAAAUCGUGAUGAAUGAACAUUACAUUAGAAUGUUUUGUAUAUUCAGAUACGAUUGUUCCUAAAAUGAAGUUCUUCCUUAUGUUU